GGAAAUAGGCAGGGUCCAGGGUCUAUUGCCAUGUCCACAAUGUUAAGGGACUGGAAAUAGGCAGGGUCCAGGGUCCAUUGACAGGUCCACAAGGGUCUGGAAAUAGGCGAGUGUGCCAUCCAAAGAGUCCCGUUUCCUUGAGUCCGUGGAAGGGGAGGGUCCGAGGGGGUCCGGAGGCAGCCAUCUUGCACCAGCUGAGCACCGCGGUCCGUGCCUCCUCCUCCUCGCCGUGCCUCCACCAUGGCUCGGUAGUGGCCCUCGUGGCACUCCCCGGGGCAUGAAAGUGCUACACGCGGCACCCAAGUGGACGGCAAAGUGACGUGAAGGAAGGACCUGCCAAGCUCUCGCCGUGGCCAUGGGACCUGUCAACCUGUGCUAGUGGCCGAGUGUCCCUCCCCGGCCACCAUGAAGAAGCUGUUCCGCCAGAGGAUCAUCGAGCAGGGCGCCAAGGAGCAGGGCCACGGCAGCUUCCUGGGCAAGGUGUUCGUGGUGGGCAGGCACACCGUCACGGUCGAGGAGGUCAUCGCCGAGGGUGGGUUUGCGCUGGUGUUCCUGGUAAAGGGGAGUGGCGGGGCGCGCUAUGCCCUCAAGCGGCUGUACGUCAACAAUGAGCAAGACCUGGAGGUGGCGCGCAACGAGAUUAACAUUGCCAAAAUGCUCAAUGGUCCGAGGACUCUGGUCGGGUACGUGGACUCCGGGGUAACCCACAUAGGCGGGGGAGUGCAUGAGGUGCUCCUGCUGAUGGCCUACUGCAAGAAACACCUCCUGCACUUCAUGAAUGACAGAUUUAGUUCGGGCCUGACGGAAGGGGAGGUACUCAAGGUAUUCUGUGAUGUCUGUGAUGCUGUGUCCCGCCUGCACCACGUCAACCCUCCCAUCAUCCACCGAGACCUCAAGGUCGAAAACAUCCUGAUCAGCAGCGACGGCAGCUACGUGUUGUGUGACUUUGGCUCGGCCACGGCGCGGGUGCUGUGCGGCGCCACGGACGGGGUGUCAAGAGUGGAGGAAGAGGUGCAGCGCUACACCACUCUGGCCUACCGAGCCCCGGAGAUGGUGGACCUCUACCUGGGCCGACCCAUCACCACCAAGUCGGAUGUUUGGGCGCUGGGCUGUCUGCUGUACAAGCUGUGUUUCUUCACACUGCCCUUCGCUGAGAGUCCGCUGGCCAUCUCCUCGGGGAACUUCACCAUCCCAGACAACGCACGCUUCUCCAAACACCUCCUGGCGCUAAUAAGGUACAUGCUUGACCCCGACCCCGACACACGGCCCGACAUCUACCAAGUGUCCAAUCUGACCUUCAAGCUGGCCGGCAGGGACUGUCCGGUCAGGAACGUCAAUAACGUGACAGUGCCGUCGCUGGACCAACUCUCCCAGCUGGUCAGCGAGCGUGAGCAGCAGUCUUCCGUCAAGCUGAACCGCAUCGCUGCUGGCCCCGUCAUAGAAGGCACCUCCGUGGCACCCCGCCAGCGCCCCAAAGCAUCGCAGCACCCGGCAGCACUCUCGGCUGGGGGUGGCCCUCUGCCGCUGGGCCUGCCUCUGCAUGGCUCUCAGGCCCUGAAGAGGAACAUUGCUGCUGCCAACGAGGGUGGCAGCACGCAGCCACUGCCACAGUCUCAGCAGCAGCAACAGCAGCCACAGCAGCAGCCACAGCAGCAGCCACAGCAGCAGCAGCAGCAGCAGCAGCAGCAGGCACAGCAGAGUCAGCCAAGCAGUCAGCAGCCAGCGCCUGUUGAGCUCAGCCCCACCACGGCCUUCCCUCCAGCGGCACUGUUUGGUUCCGAGGGUUUUCCUCAGCAGUCAUUCCCUCCUAGUCAGUUUGGGUCUGCGGCGGGCAGCGGCGGCGGUGGCGGCGGCAGCGGCGGGCCGGCAGGAGGCGUGGGCGGCACCCACCCGCCCGGCCUGGGUGCGCAGCCUCCCUCAGGAUCACUAGAAGCCUUUUUCCCGCCCUCAGGCUACCCCGACCCCUUCCGAGAACGCGAGUCUGAGGGUCCCACGCACUCCGGCAGCACCGAGGGCCUCUUCCCCCCUCCCCCCGCCACCACCACCACCGCCGGGAGUGGACCCCAGAGUCUGUCGCUGAGUCAGGGGUCCAUAGGGGCAGCAGCGGCAGCGGGGGGUGUCGGGGCGGGACUGCCGGCACCCACGACGGGGCCAGUUCCGGGGCUGGUGAAGUACGAGAGUGACACGACGGGCCUGAGCCACCACCACCACCAGCAGCACCACCUCCAGGCCCCCACCUCCCCCACGCACCCCCAGCACCCCAGGGCACAUCGGAGGAAUGUCUCGGACUCCUCGGCGUUCAACAAGACGUUUGCCAGCGAGACGACCCAGUUCCUUGCCCCCUUUGAGGCCUCAGUGCGACAGGCGGAGAAGGAGGGGACAGCCGGCGCACCCCAGCCUGACCACAGCUCUCAGGAGGGCCUAGUCAGCUCCGACAUGAGUCUCUCCUCGGACGUGCGUGCCUGGAACCCCUUCAACGACAUGACGCCCUUCAGCCAGAUGUCCGAGGACCACAUCUUUGGGGCGGAGUUUGACAAGAUUAGAAGAGGGUCGCAGAGCAGUAUAUCUAACGUCAAAAGCCGGGAGAGUUUAGUGAUGUCAACGGAGGACGACCCAUUCGGCGCUGCCCCCUUCGCUGCCCCUGGCACUCGGCGAACCAAACCUCCUUCCAAAGCCGGCAGUGACCAGCGAGCAGACAGCACUGAGGACAUGCCCGGCCUCACCCCAGACCCAGAGGCCGCAGCAGGAGCGGGUGGGCGGGCGCCGGGCGGCCGGGCGGAGCAGCCGUUGCAGCGCCCUUCGAGUGUGUCGUCACAAGACUCGCAUGACUCCCAGGAGGGCCGGGCGGGGGGCCAGGGCACGGCACCCGCCUCCACCCUCUUCACCCGCCCCCCCCUAGAGGACAGAUCAAAAUAUGAGAAGCUGCAAAACGCCCAUGACGAGGAGAGUGAGGAAGAUGCAGCGGGGGAGGGCUGCCUCCUCGCCAAGGAGUGUCUGCCAGUCCCGGCCCUGGCCCCGGAGGCGGCUGGGCCCCGCCACCGCCGGCACCGUGUGGUGCGGGGCAAACGCAGCCGCCGGCCAGGGGCAGAACGUGAGGGCGGGGCCGGGGCUGGGAAGGGCAAGGACAGCAAGCCGGACGGUGUGUUCAUCUGCAGUGUGUCUGAUGACGACUCCAUCGGCUCAGCCAGCGACCUCAAGGCGCGCAUCAACGAUGAAUAUGACUUUGAAUGUGCCGACCGCGGUGACGCCUCGGAGACCAUCAGCUCGUCUGUGUACCACGCCGAGUGCGAGAGUGUGACCACCCAUGAGGAGGAUCUGCGGGCAGGGGAGGGCGGCGACCCCUCCCACCUCCUGCGCCGUGGCCCUAAGCCGUCCCGCGCUGCCAUCAGGGCGCGGGCGCGGGCACUACAGGAGCAGGAGAGCCGGCGCUGCACACAGGACCGCCUGCUGGGCCACGAGUACGGGGAGAAGCCGCUGCUGCAGGACGACGAGCUGGACUCUGGCGACGAGGAGGCCAAGAUGUCCGACGGGGCCGAGGUGGCCAGCAGCGAGCAGGCCCCGGACCAGGCCCCCAAGGCCACCAUGUUCCCUGUACCCCGGCCCUUCAGGAAGACCUCACUGGAUGACUCUGCCCGCCAGAGGGACCAGCAGCAGCAGCAGACUGAUGAGGAUGUGUUUGCGUUGGCGCCAUUCAAGUCGUCGCUCAAGAGGUUGAACAAGAAGGUGUUCCAGAGUCGCAGUCAACCCUCCAGCAACACUGUGUCGCCUCUUGAGUCCUCCACGCAGCUCAUCGUCACCCCGCCCGCCACCACCUGCUCCCCUGCCCCACCGCCCCCUCUGGCCAGCCCUGAGGUGGUGGAGCAGCCUCCGGCCCCCGCACCGGAGCAUGUCAGGCUCCCCGUGCAGGCGGACAUCAUCUACGAGGAGUCCCCCAGCGAGGAGUACCCCAUAUACGAGAAUGUGCUCCUCAACCCUAACGGCGGGGGCAGCGGCGGGGGGGGCGGGGCGGAGAACGGAGCCACAACCCCGCGCUUCCACUACUAUGAGAACAUCCCCGUGCCAUUCACUUCCCUGGGGGUGGCCGAGGCAUCCAUGGGGGUCAAUUCUGCACUCCCCAAAAACCCGUUCGUCAACCCGUUCAUCGGCGAGAGCCCCGUGUCGCUCCCUGCUGCCCAAGACCCUUCCUUGCAUGUCCUCCCUGGCAGACAACCCACGGACCAGCCCCCAGCCAAUGCCCCUGCCACCAAGCUCCCCCAGGGUAGCCAGAGCACUGAUUCCCUGUCUCCCUGCUCCACCCUGGGCCCUAUCAGCUCCCCCAGCAUCCCUGGCAUCCCCAGCACUGACCUCUUCGGCUCCAUGCCCUUCAGUAACGUUGCAAUGCCAGCGCCACCGCCUCCGACCGAUGCCAAAGACUUCACCCUCGGCCCGACAGCCCUCAACGGCGUGUCUGUGUCCCAGUUCAGCCCCAGUAACCAGCCCCAGUAUUUCCCUCCCCCAACGGACGCCCAGCCACACCUCCCACUCGUGACCUCCACCCCUCGGGCCCACAAGACGCAGCCCCAAGCGCCAGUUCCAGCGCCAAGCAAGGAGUCGAGUUUAGUGGAGGAUGACGAUGAUGCGGAUCUAUUCGGAGCAGUGCCGUUCAAGCCCAUAGUGCAGCGUGGGGGCCAGAGUGCCGGUGCAAGGAGCCAGACACUACCGGCCAACAUGAGCUCAGUGUUCCAGGCUCAGAUGGCCCAGAUGGCACGCGACGAUGGGCACACGGAUAAGAUCUUCGACUUCAAGGCCACCAAGUUGAAAAAGACGACGCCCCCGAGUUUUCGUAAGCCGAGGACGGCACACCAGAAGCUCUCCGACUCCGACACCUCGACUGACGAUGAAGUGGUGACGGCGAACCGGCGACCAAAGCACCGGGACCGCAGCAAAGACCGACUCAAGUACAAAAACAUCAGUGAGGAGUUUGAGGAGGAGAACGUGAUGGUGCUUCCGCUCAGGCAGUUCAGCCACUCCAAGAAAGAGAAAAUCAGCAAGAAGAGCAAAAAGCACGAGAAGGCGGAGAAGAAGGUGGAGAAGCCGGAGAAGAAACCUGAGAAGAACAUAAGCUUUGAGUCGGCCGGGAUCUCCAACAUGAGUUUUGAGGACUUCACGCUGGAGGAUAGCCGGAGGGAGCGAGAGAGGAGUCGACAGGAGGCGGAGAGGGGCGGCGACUCGCUGCAGAGCCCAGAGGAGGACGACUCUGACCUCCGCACCACCGGGGGGACGCGGUUUGGCUCCCUUAAGCGGGGCAUCAACCCUUUCUCCAAACUUGGCCGCUAGAUGAGUCCUGUUGAGGUUUCUUUGCCAUGCCGUCGACGCCAUUCCAAUCGUAGUGAAAGUUUGUUAGUUGGAGGAGCGCCAGAAUUCUGACUUUGUUUUUGUGUUUUUCAUGAUUAUUAUUUUUCAUUAUUUGUUUUUGUAUCGUAAUAAUUUCUCAAGCUCGAGAAUUCAGUUCUUUUAGCUUAUAAUUUCCUGCCGUCAAAAAUUUGCAUUGUAUUGUAAAAGUCUCAGUCUGAACGGCACCAGAAUUAUGUCUUGUUUUUGUAUUUUUUGUUACUUGUUUUUAUUUAUUUUUGUAUCGUGUAAUAAUUUCUGAAGCUCCACAAUUCAGAUUUUUUUUAGCAUGCCACUUUGUGCUGUCAAAAAGUUGCAUUGCAUUGUAUAAGUCUUAAUCUGAGCAGCAUAAGAAUUCUGACUUUAUUUUUUCGUGUCAGUUCCGAAUUUGUCAGACUCCAGAAUUAAUUUUUUUAAGCUUACAGUUUCAUGCUGUUAAAGACGUGCAUUGCAUUAUAAAAGUCUCAGUGUAAAUGGCACCAGAAUUCUGACUUAAUUUUUUUUGUGUGUCAAUUCAGAAUUUCUCAGACUCCAGAAUUCAUUUUUUUUAAGCUUACAACUUCCUGCUGUCAAAAAUGUGCAUUGUUUUGUUAAAGUCUCGAUUUGAACAGCACCAGAAUUCUGACUUUAUUUUUUUGUGUCUAUUCAGAAUUUCUCAGACUCCAGAAUUAGUUUUUUUAAGCUUACAACUUCCUGCUGUCAAAAAUUUGCAUUGUUUUGUAAAAGUCUUGAUUGAAACAUCAUCAGAAUUCUGACUUUUUUUUCGUGUGUGUCAAUUCAGGAUUUCUCAGACCCCAGAAUGCAGAGAUUUUUUCAUCUUAUAACUUCUCAACACUAGGAAUUUGUAUGAAAGUAAAUAUUGUUGGCCUGACUAUAUAGCAAUACCCAGUCAUCUUUGUUGAUUUCUUGGACUCCAGAAUUCUGUUACAUCUUUCUUCAGUCUAUAAUUCCUGCGUUUGAAUUCAUGUUUAGACUCUAUGGUCGGCACUGUUACACGCUCCCGCCUCCACAUCACCUAUUUCCGAAGGCCAAAAGAGAGAUCAGUCGGGUUCUAAUGAGUGUUUUUGUAGGUUGAUGGCACCGAGGAAGGGUCCAACUACCACCAGAGUCAUUAAACUACCCCUGGAAAUCCCCAACACUCCAAUGAAAGCCUAGUUAAACAUGGGCGGUGAACUUUGUAAUAAUACGACCCUUGGUGAUUCCUGGAUGAGUGGAACCAAUCGGACUCGAGGAGUUUUAAUGAGGUGCUGUUCGUUUCAUAGAAAGGACUCGAGAAAAGCCUCUAAGUAGUGAAUAUUGGUUUGAUAAGUAGAGGCUCUGCUGUACUGAGGAACGUUAAGCUAAGGGUUAUAAACUGAACUAUUGUUGCUAAAGGUGUAUCAACAGUCUUCAUCGGUGGUUCAUUUUGUCCCCGGGCUCAAUUACCAGAGUUGCUUUCUCCUCAUUUUUCUUUACUUUUUUUCAUUCUUUCUCUCUGUCUGUCUGUUUCUCACCUCCUCCUUUUUCCCUCCCUUUCCUCCUCCUUUUCUUUUAUUUCCCCCUCUUUUCCUCCUCCUCCUCCUCCAUUUUUUCCUCUCUCUCCUCUUUUCCUCCCCCCUUUCUUUUUCAUCUUUCUUCUUCAUCAAGACAAGUAAAUUUAGCCGAGGAAUAACCUGAACCACUGGCAAAGACAAAUCAAAAGUGCUCAUUAAUAGUUGAUUUUUUACCCAUUCUCAGCUACCAGUCACUUCAUUCCUGAUUACGGACGGCAACGGCUUGCGGGUGGCUGAUGAACCCUGACAUUGCGACACUCCCAUUAUUUGCACGUUGUUACGGGCGUAUGGAGACUCCGAGAGGUUAGGCGAGGCAAGACAAGCCUAGGGGUGAUCUGAUCGAGGCUCGGUUAGUAUCUGUUGUUGCGUCUAUAGGGAGCCACGAACGCUACAUACUUUUAAGGUCUUUUUUAUUUAUGUACGUGUGGCUGUGUGUGUGUGCGCGUGUGUGUGUGUGUGUGUCGGGAGUGCGCCACAGCGUGCAAGACUUGCAUAUUACUAUAAAAAAAUACGACUGCUAUUCUGUAUACCUUCCCCGACAUAAUGUUUUUAGGGCUACGAGUAUAUAUAUAUAUGUUAUGUAAGUUAAAGAAGAAGAAGGAGAAGAGAAGAAGCAUUGUUAUUUAUUGUUAAACGCCUAGGGUUAAGGAAUGUUUUGGAGACUGUGACGCAUGCUGGUGGUGCAGAAGAAGAAGAAGAGGAAAAAGGAGGAAGAGGAGGAGGAAAAGGAGAGAAAAAAGAAGAAAGAGAAGGAGGAAAAUUGAGGAGGAGAGAUGGAAAGCAAAAAGCAGGAGGAGAGAAAAAGAGGAGGAGGAGGAAAAGGAGAGGAAAAAAGAGAAUGAGGAGAAGAGGAAAAAGGAGGAGGCUGAGGAAAAUAAGGGAGGAGGAGGAGAAACAAGAAAAAAAGAGACAAAGAAAGAAAAAGAAAAAGAAAAAAAGGAAAAUGUGGCUGUUGUAGAUAGAAAAAAAUUCCAAUAAUCUGACCAACCUCUCCAUCCAUUUCAACAACAACAACAACAACAACAACAACAACAACAAUCGCAGCCUACGUAUAUGCCAGUCAAUAUUCACAUAAUUUAUUCCCUUCACGUAUUAGUCUUUUCCGCCGCCACACGAAAUAGCUUAGUUUUUUGGGUUAGUCCUUCACUGCAUGACAUAUAUAAGUGUGUUUUUACUGGUUUUCGCCUCAUCGUUGGUGCCGAGCAGAGGGAGGAAGCAGAAAAAGAGAAUAUUAGUGUCUGCUUUUUGUGACUCUGUGAAGGUCUUGCUGUAUAAAUUAAUCAAUGUCUUUCUUUUUCUUUUUUGCAUUUGAAAGACUUUUUUUUUCUGUAUACACAGGAAGCAGAAGGAAAUGAUAGAACUAGUUUGUGAAUGAGCUGUUAUUAUUAUUAUUAUUAUUAUUAUUAUUAUUAUUAUUAUUAUUAUUAUUAUUAUUAUUAUUAUUAUUAUUAUUAUUACUAUCAUUAUUGUUAUUAUUUGCUAGCUACGUCAAUCAAUCUGUUCUUUCUUGCUUUAUAUAGACAUUUUUUUAUGCAGGAAGCAAAGAAAACAAUAUCAGUGGUUUGUGAAUGGCUUAUUAUUAUUAUUAUCUAUUAUUUUUGUUGCUGUUUGAAUCAAUGGAUGUGUUCUUGCAGCUUCCGAGAUGAGUUUUCCGGCAUCGGGAAGCAAAGAUUGUCAAGUCACUAAUCGUAAGGCUAAGGUCCAUGUUCCUACACGUAUCGGGCUGCCAUUACGACUACUUCCCAAGGCCACAGAGAAGACUAACUGGGUGAUCAAGGGUGUUAUCCCUUUCAAGACGCAUAAGUCGUGUAGCACCAUCACCGGGAUCACAAAACAGUCCGUAAAGGCUUUUCAAACAGGUGAACUGAGGCGCCGAUACGUUUAAGAAUACUGGCUUAGGAAAAAGUGAUCGUGUGAAGGGAAGGAAUAGGGAAUGUCCGCCACUUGACACACGCACCAUUCCAAUGAGUAAGAUAUAAAGAUAACUUCACUAUUUAUGUUUAUAUGUUUAGCUGUGAAUUCACAUCUACACUAUGCACUGUUUAUGUCUAGCUUUACGAAUUCGCAUUGACGCUGUUAGCUACUCUGUACUCGUAUUUACGUUCGUCACUUCACCACUGCACCGUCUAGUAUUUAUGUUUGUCACCAGAUUGUUCUUAAACGUCAUAUUAGUAUUUAUUAACAGACGUGUGGCGAGUUUGGCUUUUUAAUUUGACUUGCGUGUCAGAGGGAGUUAGUUGGAAGUGUUGGAUUUUCUCAAGAGUUAAGUUGACACAUUACAAAACAGUCGUAACAAGUGGUAUGAAAAUGAGUUAACAGAUCAACAAAUCGUGUCUUGAAAAAGUUGCGGGACAGAGUUUGUUACUUAGUUAGAAGUGUUGGAUUUUCUCAAGAGUUAAGUUGACACAUUACAAAACUCAGUCAUAGAAAGUGAUAAAAAAACAAUUAAACCAACUAACCAGCUAAAUACCCCUUGAAAAAUGGGCCCCAGAAAGAGACAAAAUCAGCCACAUUAUAUAGUGUUGAAGGAGACUAAGACAACGUAUAAAAAAUCAGUCAGCCGUGUGAAUUCUUGCAACUGUCUUGUUUGUAGUGAACGAAAGGGUAAUGUAUGGGAAUGUUGGCGGACUAUCCUGAAACCAAUUACCCGUUUUUCCCUAUAUUUUGCAGCUUUAGGUUUUGCACACUUUCUUAAGAGUACCAAUUGAUAAAAAAGGCCAUAUUCUUCAUCAUUUCAUGGCCCGAGCACACACAUUUGGCAAGGCUUUCGUAGUGUUGGGAGUGAUUUCCAUGCGUAGUUUCAUGACCCUGGUAUAAGUUGGACGAGGCUUCUGUACUGUGAAUGCCAAAAGCGCUCAUGAUAACGCUAUUAAUCUUCUUUCUUUAUCAUUUCCUUGGGUGGUUUUGUGGCCCUUGUGGUAGUUUGAUGAAGCUUGUGAAUCAUGAAUGCCAAAACCACUCAUGACCACCGUUGCCAGAUCAUUGAACUCAGAGCCUCGUAUUUACCGGUUUUUGAGCCAUAGCUAUUGCCCCCAAAAACACCAAUAAUUAACCAUUUUAACGAUAACUGUAUAGGAAGGCAGUUUUGGGGAAAGAGGAGGCAGUUUUUGAGUUGGAAAUUGGCAAACAUAGGAGGCUGGGUACAACAAUCUGGCAACGUUGCAUCACGAGAACCUGACAAAUCUCCUUUUCGCCCUUGGAUAUUGUUGGUGUGAGAGGCGGAAGCAUCUGAGAGAAUCUGGAACCUUGGGCAAGAGUACCGUACAGUAGAAAUGCAUUAUGAUUAGUGUUCCUCUCCACCAAGCUACCCAUAGGCAGCUACAUGUCAUCACACUGGCAUUACUUCACUUUAGGAACAGCUGUGUGGUGAUGUUCUGGGAGCCCACGUUCGGCAUUCUGAGACGCUUCCUUCCUUACGUCAAAUAUUCCCAAAGGCCAAAAAGGAGAGUAACUGGGUUCUAAUGAGUGUUUCUUUAGGUUUAUGGUACAGAAGAAGGGUCUGACUACCACCAGGGUCAUGAGGCUACCCCUGGAAAUGCCCCCCAGCACUCCCAUGAAAGCUUUGUCAAAUAUGUGUGCUUGGGCGCCGAAAGGUUUGCUAAUGGUCCCAUGACUUGACCUGGCUGGCGACCUCAGACCCAAAUGUAGUGUCAUGUGACCUAAAUACAAUUGGGUGAUUUAGCAUAAGGACUGUUGGAAGCUGUUGGGGGAGGAAUUAUUAUGCCGCAGGAGGAUUACCAUUUUGAGAGAGGCGUUGGGAUUUGAACCGCAUGUACCAGUGGACAGACACGCCCCACCAAACUGACAUAUCGGCCGGUGCUGUUUGACGCCUUUGGCUCUCACAAUGACUACUUCCGAAAAGGAGUAUAAUGGGGUUCUAAUGAGUGUUUCUUUAGGUUCAAGGUGCAGAAUAAGGGCCAAACUACCACCAGGGUCCUGAAACUACUCAUGGAAAUGCCUGAAACUACUCAUGGAAAUGCCUCAAACUCCCAUGAAAACAUUGUCAAGUAUUUGGACUUGGGAGCCAUGAUGUUUAAGAAUACGACCCAUUGUUGUAGGACACAGCCUCACAAGGUGACACUGUUGGACACAGCCUGACCCAACCCUAAGCUGAUAUACCGUUGGACACGGCCUCACUAAGCUGGCAAAUUGAUGGACACGGCCUGACCCUAAACUGACCGAAGAAAACAUUCCAUUAUUUUUGUUCAGAAAGACAAAACACAUUCCCUUAGCUUGAUGUUCUUUAAGGGAAGGCCCAAGGGGGAAGGGGGGAAGGGUAGAGGAACAGUCUGUGGUGGUGGUGGUGGUGGUGGUGAAUGUAGCUCUCACUCACCCACACCACCACCCAACACACCUGCUGGGAAAGGUUAAAUCUUACUGGUGGAUGCUGGGAAAGGUUAAAUCUUACUGGUGGAUGCUGGGAAAGGUUAAAUCUUACUGGUGGAUGCUGGGGAAGGUUAAAUCUUACUGGUGGAUGCUGGGAAAGGUUAAAUCUUACUGGUGGAUGCUGGGGAAGGUUAAAUCUUACUGGUGGAUGCUGGGAAAGGUUAAAUCUUACUGGUGGAUGCUGGGAAAGGUUAAAUCUUACUGGUGGAUGCUGGGAAAGGUUAAAUCUUACUGGUGGAUGCUGGGGAAGGUUAAAUCUUACUGGUGGAUGCUGGGGAAGGUUAAAUCUUACUGGUGGAUGCUGGGAAAGGUUAAAUCUUACUGGUGGAUACUGGGAAAGGUUAAAUCUUACUGGUGGAUGCUGGAAAAGGUUAAAUCUUACUGGUGGAUGCUGGGGAAGGUUAAAUCUUACUGGUGGAUGCUGGGAAAGGUUAAAUCUUACUGGUGGAUGCUGGAAAAGGUUAAAUCUUACUGGUGGAUGCUGGAAAAGGUUAAAUCUUACUGGUGGAUGCUGGGAAAGGUUAAAUUUUACUGGUGGAUGCUGAGAAGGCUGAUUCUUAUAGGCCCGGCUUUUUCAUCAAGUUAACAUUUACGGAAUUUCGGUAAAUGUCAAAAUGUGUUCCUUAUUUAUGGAAUCUCAAGUGUUUGUUACGCAUCAUUAUUUAGCGGUGUUCCGCACCCUAGUUUGUUCCGUUGUUUGCUUGACACGAACUUAGUCUUAGAUGUCCUCACGCCCUCAUGAUCCGGGCCUGUGUGUGUGUGUGUGUGUGUGUGUGUGUGUGUGUGUGUGUGUUCGUACUCACACGCCCCUCCAGUUAGUAUUCGUAUCAAAGAGGAAGAAACGAUGUAUAUUUACUUGUUCAUUUAUUCUUUGCCGUAAAGGAAGAGGAGGAGAAACUGACCUCUCUCCUCACCUCUCGCUCUCUUUGCUCGUAGCAGCGUGUAGCGGGCUUUCUUAAUACUGUCUUCGUGUCUUGCCCCUUGAGCUGCCUCCCUCGCUGGAAAGAAGAAAAAAAGCAAGAAAGUCCGCUAGACCCUCCACCGGCAUCACCAACAAGCACGGGAGAACGAGGAGGAGGCAGUUACUUCACUUGUUCAUGUUGUUACGGUAAAGGAAGGAGCUCGGGGGCAAAGAACAGGAAACGUAAUACAAAGGAAGCCUGUAAGUGCUGCUCCUGUCAAAGAAAGUAAAAGAAAAUGGAACUGAGUGACGGGUGGAAGAGAACAUGUAUGCCAGAAAAGUGAAGCUGAUGUGUAAAUAGAAAAAAUAAAUAAUAGGGUGAUCGUCGAAGUAAAACCGAGUGACCGAACUUUAUUUGUAGAAGGUACUCCGUUUUCCUCUUUUUAGCAUACUCGUCUAAAAUUUGACCUCUAGUAAAAGUUGAUAGCUGGGAAUGUAGUAGUAGUAGUAGUAGUAGUAGUAGCAGUAGCAGUAAUAGUAGUAGUAGUAGUAACAGUAGUAGUAGCUGUGGUAUUAGUAAUCCAUAAAUAGUCCAAAAAAAUUGUUCCCCAAAUUCACCUUUUUCUGAGUCCACACAGCUGUUGUCUCUGUUUCUCCUCCUGAUGCGAGCACUAAUGAGACCGUAUUGGCUAUACAGGCAGCGCCACACGUGGCCACUCAGUGAACUGUCAAAGCAGUCCUAGAGUGCGUCUGAGGCUGCCUCAAAGAUACAAGGCCUUGGUGCCGCCACCACUCCAAGCCAACGACUGCACACACUUUACUCCUACCCGAUUUCCUGUCUCUACUAUUUGACAUGGAGAAAAACUGAAAUCGGGUAGGAGUGAAGUGUGUGCAAUCAUCGGCUUGGGGAGACGACGGCAUCACGGCCGUGUAUCCCUGAGACAGCCUCAGACGCACUCUAGUCUAUAACUUGAACUCUGUGAAAUUCAGCUUAGAGUUGAGUGGCCACAUGUGGCGCUGCCUGUAUAGCCAAUACGGUCCAUUGGAGAGCCGUGUGAGUACCUACAGAUUGGAGGACGAACGCACCGUGACCUGUCGCAGCAUUUUCCCGAGUUUCCGACGAGCCCCAUUUGUGUAUCGAAGAAGCAUUUAUUCAGCAGUGUUUUGGUUACCUGUUCAACUGACCUCGUGUGUUCAGACUGUGUGCGUUAUGUUAUUAUUAUUAUUAUUAUUAUUAUUAUUAUUAUUAUUAUUAUUAUUAUUAUUAUUAUUAUUAUUAUUAUUAUUAUUAUUUGUGUGUGAGUUACUGGGUGGAAAAUGCAACUACGGAAGCCUAUGAGAGAGGGAGACAAGACUUUUGGGUCUGUGUGUUUAACUGUGUGUGUCUGAGAGAGUAUUGAGAAGAAAAAAAGAAAAAGAAGAAGAAGAAGAAGAAGAAGAAGGAGGAGGAGGAGGAGGUCUGUGAGUGUGUGAACUGAAAAUAUUUUCCAAGAAAUCCAGAAACAGAACGAGAUAGUCGGCACUGAAGUGGUUUGGACAUGUGCAGAGGAGAGAGGCUGAGUAUAAUAUUAGGAGAAAGGAUGCUGGAGAUGAGGCUGCCAGGGAAGAAGAAAAACUGACAAGCAAGGAAAUACACAAGGACAUGAGAACAUAAGGAGAUUGAUGUAAAAAAUGGUCCUGAAACGCGUGGGAAAACGGACCAGAAAAAGAUGGUCAGAGAGGGAAAAAAAGCAGAAAAGGUGUAAAAAGGGAUGGAAAAAAGCAGAAAAGGUGUAAAAAGGGAUGGAAAAAAGCAGAAAAGGUGUAAAAAGGGAUGGAAAAAAGCAGAAAAGGUGUAAAAAGGGAUGGAAAAAGAGGUAGAGAAAAUAAGAAACAAGCAGAAAAGGGUCAGAAAAACAUGAAAUAGAGGAAGAGAGAAUGAUGCUGGAGAUGAAGCUGGCAGAAAAAAGGCAGAACUAGGAAGACCAGA